AUUCCUUCGUCCAAAUGACUGAGCUCGGGUGCAGCCGGAGACGUGGCUCUCCACUCGGGAAGACCUACGGCUAAAGUUUGAAGGGUGCAGGGCUUUGCUUUAGGCUGUCCGUCUCCCACCGUGCACUGGAUUUGCAAUUACCCAGAAAUUGCAAAAUAAAACAGAGGAUAUCCUAUCUGUCUCCUGCAUACGCUGGGAUUCAUUCGACUUGGAUCUAAACAUCUAAACAGCACCCCCCCCAGUCUAAAAUCAUGAAGACCGUUAUUAUUGAUGGGGGGCGACUCCUGUUUCUCAUGGUGUGGCUGAACCUUGUGCCUCAAACUGACAGCUGCCCUGCCAAGUGCGUCUGCUACAGUGAGCCUAGACCUACUGUGGCAUGCCAACAACAAGGACUGUUUUCCAUCCCCACUGAGAUCCCAGUGCGGAGCCAGCGGAUAUUCCUCCAGAGCAACAAGCUGACAGUGGUGAGAUCCACCAGCUUCAGCUCUUGCCAUAAUCUCACCGUUCUUUGGCUCUACUCGAACAACAUCAGCUACAUUGAGGCUGGAGCCUUCUAUGGCUUGGAAAAACUGGAGGAGCUGGACAUUGGGGACAACAGUAACCUCCGCACCAUCAGCCCCACAGCCUUCCGGGGUUUAACUAAGCUGCACACCCUCCACUUGCACAGGUGUGGCCUGUCCGAGCUCCCUGUCGGAGUUUUCCGUGGAAUGUUUUCCCUACAGUACCUUUACCUGCAGGACAAUAACAUUCAUACCCUGCAUGAUGACACUUUUCUGGACCUUGCCAACCUCACCUAUCUCUACCUGCACAAUAACAAGAUCAAGAUAGUAACAGACAACAUGUUUCGAGGCUUAAUCAAUCUGGAUCGACUGCUGCUACACCAGAAUCGGGUUAUCUACGUCCAACCAAGGGCUUUUACUGAUCUUGGUAAGCUGAAAACCCUCUAUUUGUUCUAUAACAAUCUUACUGUCUUGACGGGAGAGACUAUGGACCCGCUUGCAACCCUCCAGUACUUGCGUCUAAACGGGAACCAGUGGAUCUGUGACUGUCGAGCAAGGACCUUGUGGGAGUGGUUUAAGCGUUUCAAAGGUUCCAGCUCUGAGUUAGAGUGCAACAUUCCUGAGUUCCUAGCAGGGGAGGACCUAAAAGCACUGAAAAGUGAAGACUUGGAGGGCUGCGUAAAGAAGUUUCAAAUCCAAACUGACCUGUUCAGCUCCAAGACACAGUCCGGCAAAUUCCCUUCCAGUGAGAAUCCUCUAGGAGACACCAUUCCCAGGUGUUGCCUCGGAGACAACGAUAAGUCCUCCAUCCUGUCUGGAAAAAGCCGCCAAAACAACCCCCUGAAAGAAAAGGAGAACAUGUCCAAGACUAAAUUCAAGGAGCCAGAACGAACGAAAAAUGAGACCCAAAACAAGCAGAACGAUGGACCACUAGGAACCUUGUCCAAUGCCCUUGAUAAUUCCUCCAAUCUAAAUCCUGAUCUUAUAGACACUCUGGAAUCAUCUACAGCAUCAAACAAAAAGAAAAAGAAGUGUGUCAAAAAGCCCAAAUCAGACGCCCAGUGUAUCAAAGGUCAGGGUUCUACUUUGCAAGUGCUGCGCUCUCUCAUCAUUCCCAUGAUCUGGAUAUCUCUAGCCAUGUCUUAGGACUCCUGAUCUCAUUCUGAACACAGGACUAAGAUUGUUGAUGCUCAUGACAAUGAUACAGAAGAUGCAGUGACAUCUACAAUAGGCAGUGACUGAAAAGCCAGGAGUCACUUUGACCCAAUGUGGGUGAGGACGACGAACAAUAACGAGGACAUUAGAGUACAUUUAAUAAAAUGGAUGCCUUUACAGAACACUACAGAACUAAUGUAUAUAAUGAAUUGGUGCCCAAAUUGUUUGUUCUCUAUGUACUUAAUUGUACUGUGUCUAAGCUACACUUCGGAGACUCCUCCCUCUUUCCCUCUCAAAAGCUUUUACUGCUUAGACAGACCACCGGACGACUAAAAAAAAGACAAAUACUAAACAAACAAAAAAUGAACAAAAAUGACAAAAAAAUAACAAAAAAAAAAAAAAAACAACAAAAAACAAAUACAGGAAAUCAGAGACAGAAAGCACACAAAGAAUGUUGGGUCCGUUUAAUGAAAAUAAACGAUCUCCCCCCUACCCCCGCCCCCCCCCCCCAUUAUUUAAUCAAAGUGAUGCAUUUGUUGGGUAAUGUUAUGUUUUUUAUGUUUCUAAAAGCCAAUGUUUUACCUCCCUGAUUUUAGUUCUAUUUUCAUGACAGAAAGGGUAUAUGGGUAGCAUUUACUGAAAGAAUGCUGUCAAUUUGUUUAUGGAGAUUGCAAAGGAACCAUAGAUAUGCAUUUUAUUUUACUUGUGUACAAGUAUGAAUAUAUUAUGAAUAAAAGUUCUUAUUUCGUA